AUGAUAUUGCACGUAAAACACAUUGUUAGCUUCAGUUUCCAGUGAAUGAUCGUAACGGUAUGAUACCUCGGUAUAAUUUCGCGUUAGUCAACAUAAAAACGUCAAAAUCAUGCAGCAAUGUGAUGGCAAACGAAACUGUGCCUGUUUUACAUGUGCCCAAUUGGACUCGAUCGAACAGGAUGUACCCAUGCACACGUUCAAUGACAAUUUUAUUUUACAUCCGUCCAAGUAUUGCGACGAUAUCCCUAAACAGUACACCUAUUUUGGAGCGAAAGAUUUUGUGAAUUCAUCUGAGGAAAUUAUACAAGCGAUUGUUAGGGAGAAGAAAUUUACUUUUCCGGAAAAUGAUUCCGACACAGAAGACGCGAUCGGUCGGAAAAAUCACUCUGAUGUAACUAAAUUCAAAUCCGUUGUUUACCUCUGUGACAACAAAUGUGGCGAAAACGACCACGAAAAUUGUGUAACUAUUGACGACGAAAUGAGCUUAGAUUCUAAUAGUGACACCAAUGUGAUUCAAGUCAUUUUCAAAAACAGUUUUCCUUACGCGAACAGUUUAAUUGAUGAUAUUAUGACGUGCGAAAAAUAUUUCUCGGAUGAAGAUUGUGUCGACGAUCUUCCUGUAGGAAUAGAAGCUUUCAUUUACGUUAAACAUUAUCAUAAAAGGCAGGAAAGAUUAUCCAGUAACUCAAGGAAUGAUGCAGCAUAUCCCCCUGUGGAUAAUCUUCCAACAGACCAGACGCUUAAUAAUAAUAAAGAGAACAAAUUUCUGCUUCGGGUUAAUACACCGGCCAAUUUACCGCAAUCGAAACAACAAUUUUCUACUUCUUCCGCCCAAGAUCAGCCUCAAAAUUCUAACGAGAGGAUGGUAUCGCCUAAAGGACGCAUUGAACAUUUUCCUCACAUGUACGUCGCCAAUAACGUGAAAACGUCUACGUUCAAUGAACAGACAGAAAAAAGCAAUCUAUCAAGUGCCAAAAAUAGUUCCAUGAAUAAUACUGAGUUUAAUAAUAAGUACAAUUGUUCGCAUAAUGCUGUUAAUAUGGUACCGGAAAGGGAUACUGGUCCGAACAAAAACUGCGUUAGCAAUUUUACUACCCUUGGAAGACUACAAAUUCCUGAUUCUGGCCAAAAUAAAUUAAACGAUAACGGCAGUGGUACCGACGAAAGAAGAAAGUUGGCUAGUAGACCUCAUCAUCAUGUCUCUGUACAUGAACUUAGAAUCCAGCACCGUACGCAGCACUGUAAUAGUUCCUCAGACGAAAAUAGGUCAUCCGGACAUGCCAGUAUGUCUGACACAGGUAAUAGUUCGCCUCGGGGAGUUGCAACUACAAAUGAAAGACUGACAGCGGGAGUUUUACAAAAAGGACCCCGUAACCGAACGACUUCCCAACAUAGCAGAUCGCGAUAUAGAGCAACUCCAGCAAAAUUACAGGUUCCUUGGACAGGAAAUGGAGGUCUGGAAGAUAUAAAAAUGGCCCUCCAACAGUUGACCAUGAGGUCGCAUACUUCCACUAGUACUUAUUCUAGUGUAAGUGCAGGAUCAGAAAGCUCAGAGCCGGUAAUCCGGCGAUUAAUUCGUCAUUCUUCUUUAGAAACUAUAAACACGAACAUUACGAAUGCGGAUGAAUUUGUCUGGGUCGAUUCUCACAAUCGUUUGGUAGAACUUCAACAUUUACCUUGGAACAAUCACUGUUUAUUAAGGGUGCUUCAAACAGGACGUUGUCGAGAAAGUAUAUCAAGAGUUAGCAUAGAAACUAUUCCUAGAUUGUCGUAUUUACUUCAAAGGGCACUUGUCCGAUUGGGUCGUGAAACACAAAGACUGUCGUCUAAUUUGGGCAUUUGUACCAAGCACGACAUAACCGUCUCGUUUAGGAUCGUACUGUGUCCUCCCCUUGCGGAUUCUUGUAUAAAGGCUUGUCAGAGGGCAGCUGCAAUGCUUGCGAUGUCGGGCGAUGGUGCCCUUAAACAGAACAAAUCUCUCAGGGCCGGACUUCAAUUACAUGUCGGAAGGUUUCACAGGUGGAUGAUGGAUGUAAAGUUGGGAAGGUUUAUUCAUGAAUAUGCAGCGGUAUAUUUAUGUGCAGGAAUUGAAAAUCUUUUGGAAGAAAUUUUGCUACAAUGUUUACCAAGUGAUUCUAAAACUACGCUUACAGCAACACUUUUAGAACAUGCAAUAGCCAACAAUGGUGACUUAUGGGGUCUGUUGCAGCCGUAUGCCCAUCUUAACGCUGGCAGAAUAGCUUCCGGCGCGUUGGCUUUACCACGUUGGGCAUCGGAAUCGAGUGUAAAUUCAGGAAAAGAUUCUGGUCGAGGAUCGGGCCCCAUCGAGCCGUCCAUAAUGACAACGUGUGUUGGUUCUUUGACUGAACUUCAAGACCUUUUAAGCAGGAUGCAGUGCCGUAUACCAUUAUGUUCACAAGCCGUAAGAGCGUUAUUUUACUUCAUGAGAUGUUCUCAACUGGAACACGGUGAACAAACGGGAAAUGCCGUACAGGAAUUGUGUUACGAAAGGGCUUAUGUUGUUUUACCUCCUCUUGUGGAAUGGAUACGUGUUGCCACUGCCCACGGAGAACAUCGAUUCGCAGCAAUUUUAGACAAAGACGAUAUUAUGCAAGCGGCAAGAUUAUUACUGCCUGGAGUUGAUUGUCCAGUGAGGACAUUAGGAGAAGAAGCUUUGAGAGUUAAGAAGAACAAUGGAAGUGGAGAUGACGAAAUUGAAGCUUCUAAGCAAAUCCAGAUUGAGCUUGCAUUCCGAUUGAUGAUGACAGGAAGACAUGAGCUUAUUCGCCAAGCAUUGUCACUUCUACCUUGUGAAACGCGUUUAGACACUCUGAAUCUUCAAGGCCACACUGCACUCAUGCUAGCAGCACUUUAUAAUGAUGACACUACUCUUUUGGCUUUGUUAGAUGCUGGAGCUUCAGUAGAUACGGAAACGCCAGUUGGUGGUUGUCCAAAUUUUGCUGCGGUAAAUGGUGAAACUCAGCAUUGGACCGCAUUGACGUAUGCAACUGCCAAAGGUCAUAUACUGUGUGCACGUUUGUUGCUGGAAAGGGGGGCGAAUGUUGAAGGGGGUGCUCGACUGAGUGAAGAUAAAUGCACGUUAACUCCAUUACAAGUUGCUUGCGGUAGCGGAAAUGCGGAUAUGGUUUCGUUAUUGUUGGCCCACGGUGCUAAUCCUUUUCUGUCGACGCAAGUUAAAGAUUCCUUGUGUUAUUCUGCUUCCAUGCAAAAGGGUACAUAUUGUGCCAUUUCAGUCGCCGCAGCUCAUGGUCAGCGAGCCAUCCUCCAAAAAUUAGUCAAUCAGCCAGUAAUUCCUGCUUUUCAGGAAGUUCUAUCUUUGGAAGAAAUGCUUGCGGAAGGUGCAAAGGAAUCGUGUUCGUCGUCAAGCAGUGUUGUAUCUCAGUUUACCAAAGCUCAAAUAAAAGCUCUCCAAGAGUCGAUGUAUCAUAGUGCAGAGAAUAACCAUCUGGACAUUACGGUGGAGAUAAGAAGCCUAGGGAUUCCUUGGACGUUACAUUGUUGGAUGCAUUCUCUAGGGGCAGCUCAUGAGGCCAGACUGGACUGUGUUAUUGAUCAAUUAUUGCAAGAUUUCUUGCAGGUAUUUCCGGACGAUUACAGUCAGCAGUUUGUACAGGAAUGUUUACCACUACUUUUCAACAUCUUCAGAUAUAGUAAAAAAGAAAGCACAACGUUAUUAUUGGCGGACAUUUUCUCAACAUGCUUCGGGUGGGAGCCCAUAAAGCCCAUUCGGGAUUGUGUAACUUCUGGCAACAAUAGUUCUCGCAUAGAUCCCAAGUAUGUUAACAAUCCUGAAUUGAGCGAUGUGACAUUCAGGGUUGAAGGAAGGAUUUUCUAUGCUCAUAAGAUAGUUCUUGUCACGGCCAGCCCCAGGUUACGGGCAAUGUUAAGUUCAAAACUUUGCGAAGGUGGUACACCUACGGUUCAAAUCAAUGACGUACGGUACCAUAUAUUCCAGAUCGUUAUGCAGUUUCUCUACCAAGGCGGCUGCAAGGAUUUAGAGCCCGCGCAAGAAGACAUACUGGAAUUAAUGGCGGCAGCCAAUUUCUUUCAGCUGGACGGUUUAUUGAGAUAUUGCGAAGCACGCUGUGCUGCUAUGUUAGCUUUAGACAAUGUUGUGUUUAUGUACAUUCACGCGAAAGUAUAUAAUGCAAUGCAGCUGUUAGAGUACUGUCAAGGUUUCCUUUUGCAAAAUAUGGUGGCUCUGUUAACGUACGAUGAUUCGGUCAAACGAUUGUUGUUUGCGAAAAAGCUUCCCAAUCAUGAUGUAUUGGGAGGAUUGCUUAACACGCUACAGAAUCGGAUAAAAACGAGGAGAUCUCAAGGCAACACUAAAUUUACUUCGACCAAUGUCCAAAAACCUAACAUUGGUGGAAGCAAGUAAAUAUUUUGGAGGUGCAAACGUAAUCACAAAGUAGAAUGAAGAUUCGGACUAUAGGGCCGUGGUCUAAGUGAACUAUUCCGUCUAGACGUUUCGUCAGCUA